AUAUCUCCAUGGCUGAUGAGCUGGCCGGGCACUUUCAAAAUGGCGGAGUGUGGAGCAAGCGGCAGCGGGAGCAGCGGGGACAGCCUGGACAAGAGCAUCACGCUGCCUCCCGACGAGAUCUUCCGCAACCUGGAGAACGCCAAGCGCUUCGCCAUCGACAUAGGCGGGUCGCUGACCAAGCUGGCUUACUACUCCACCGUGCAGCACAAAGUCGCCAAAGUGCGCUCUUUCGACCACUCAGGAAAGGACACAGAAUGUGAUCACGAGCCGCCCUAUGAGAUUUCGGUUCAAGAAGAGAUCACGGCUCGGCUGCACUUCAUUAAGUUUGAGAAUACUUACAUUGAAGCCUGCCUGGACUUCAUCAAAGACCACCUGGUCAACACAGAGACCAAGGUCAUCCAGGCCACCGGGGGCGGGGCCUACAAGUUCAAGGACCUCAUCGAAGAGAAGCUGCAGCUGAAAGUCGACAAGGAGGAUGUGAUGACCUGCCUGAUUAAGGGCUGCAACUUCGUGCUCAAGAACAUCCCCCACGAGGCCUUCGUGUACCAGAAGGAUGCUGACCCUGAGUUCCGGUUCCAGACCAACCACCCCCACAUCUUCCCCUAUCUGCUCGUCAAUAUCGGCUCUGGAGUCUCUAUCGUGAAGGUGGAGACGGAGGACAGGUUCGAGUGGGUCGGCGGCAGCUCCAUCGGAGGCGGCACAUUCUGGGGGCUCGGGGCUCUGCUCACCAAAACCAAGAAGUUCGACGAGCUGCUGCAGCUGGCUUCAAGAGGCCAGCACAGCAACGUGGACAUGCUGGUGCGGGACGUCUACGGUGGCGCCCACCAGACGCUUGGGCUGAGCGGGAACCUCAUUGCCAGCAGCUUCGGGAAGUCAGCCACUGCCGACCAAGAGUUCUCCAAAGAAGACAUGGCCAAGAGCCUGCUGCACAUGAUCAGCAAUGACAUCGGGCAGCUGGCCUGCCUGCACGCGCGGCUGCACAGCCUGGACCGCGUGUACUUCGGGGGCUUCUUCAUCCGGGGCCACCCCGUGACCAUGCGCACCAUCACCUAUAGCAUCAACUUCUUCUCCAAGGUAGAGGACGCGCGCCUCCCCAGCUGCCAGCACGGACCCCAGGGGCUUCACAAUGGGAGUCGUGCUAAUCAGACGCCGCAGGAGGCCCAGGGAGGCCUGGGUGGCGGGUGGCCGAGAAGCCCAGCACCCCUCCCUUCUGGCCAGUUCUGGGAAGCCUGCAUUUUGUGGCACCACGGCCACCUGAGCCUGAGCGCAUCGCCAGUGACAAGCGUUCUCGGGAGAGGCGCGCCCACCCACGCGCCUGAGGCGGAGACUUGUUGGACGGAGAGAAGCCGUCUCACCCUUACCGUGGUGACAUUUUCACCCUGCCACUGCCUGUCUUCCCAGUUUGACUUGCUGGAAAUGGACCGGCUGGAGAGGCCGCUGGUCAGCCUGCCGCUCCUCCUGGACCCGCCCUCCUAUGUGCCUGACACGGUGGACCUCACCGACGACGCUCUGGCCCGAAAAUACUGGCUCACCUGCUUUGAGGAGGCCCUGGAUGGGGUAGUGAAGCGCGCAGUGGCGAGCCAGCCGGAUUCCGCAGAUGCGGCCGAGAGGGCAGAGAAGUUCCGGCAGAAGUACUGGAACAAGUUGCAGACCCUGAGACAGCAGCCCUUUGCCUACGGGACCCUGACUGUGCGCAGCCUGCUGGACACCAGGGAGCACUGUCUGAACGAGUUCAACUUCCCCGACCCCUACUCCAAAGUCAAGCAGCGGGAGAACGGCGUGGCGCUGCGGUGCUUCCCCAGGGUCGUGCGCUCCCUGGACGCCCUGGGCUGGGAGGAGCGGCAGCUGGCGCUGGUGAAAGGCCUCCUGGCGGGGAACGUCUUCGACUGGGGGGCCAAAGCUGUGUCUGAUGUCCUUGAGUCCGACCCCCACUUUGGGUUUGAAGAGGCGAAGAGGAAGUUACAAGAAAGACCCUGGCUUGUGGAUUCCUACAGCAAGUGGCUUCAGAGAUUAAAGGGGCCCCCUCAUAAAUGUGCCUUAAUUUUCGCAGAUAACAGUGGAAUAGACAUCAUUUUGGGAGUCUUCCCCUUUGUCAGGGAGCUACUCCUUAGAGGGACGGAGGUCAUCCUGGCGUGCAACUCCGGCCCCGCCCUGAACGACGUGACCCACAGCGAGUCCCUCAUCGUGGCCGAGCGCAUUGCAGGCAUGGAUCCUGUCGUGCACUCUGCGCUCCAGGAAGAGAGGCUGCUGCUGGUGCAGACGGGCUCAAGCUCCCCGUGCCUCGACCUCAGCCGCCUGGAUAAGGGGCUGGCCGCACUGGUGCGGGAGCGUGGCGCGGACCUGGUGGUCAUCGAGGGCAUGGGCCGUGCUGUCCACACCAACUACCACGCAGCCCUGCGCUGCGAGAGCCUCAAGCUGGCCGUCGUCAAGAACGCGUGGCUGGCCGAGCGGCUGGGCGGCCGGCUCUUCAGCGUCAUCUUCAAGUACGAGGUCCCGGCCGAGUGAGGCGCCACAGCUGCGCGACCGUCCGCUCAGCACUUGUCAGGAGUGUGUUAGCGCCACAGGGAGACUGCGUUCGAAUCCACGUAUUUAUAUUGUACUGCUGGGACCUGGCACACGCCCCCGGUCUGAGGGGUGCACGCGGCCGCGAGGCAAGGCAGUUUUGUCUUAGGAGACGUUCGUAUUGGAAUCUAUUUAACUGCU